AGAAGUCAGUCCAUCGCUCACUCAAACAUUUCAAACAUUAUUGUGCCUUCUGCAUUUUUCAUGGCUCUUUCCAACUUUUCCCAUGAAGCUUCUUCGUCCUCUGACUCCAACCAUGUUUGGAAGGUCUUCUUGAGUUUCAGGGGUGAAGACACCCGUGGAAGCUUCACCGACCACCUUUACGAAGCUUUGAACAGAAGAGGGAUUCGCACCUUUAGGGAUGACGAAGAACUCAGGAGAGGGGAAGAGAUCUCGUCAGAACUACUGAAAGCAAUCGAAGGAUCGAAGGUUGCGAUAAUAGUAUUCUCGAGGAAUUAUGCAUCUUCAAGAUGGUGGUUGGAUGAACUUGUCAAAAUCAUGGAUUGCAGCAGAACAAACGGCAUGUUGGUGCUUCCUGUCUUUUACGACAUUGAUCCAUCAGAUGUUCGGAAUCAGAGUGGGACAGUUGCAGAAGCGUUCGCCGGACAUGAGAUGCGUUUCCAAUCGGAGAAGACGGAAGGGUGGAAAAGAGCACUCAGACACGCUGCAAAUUUGUCCGGGUGGGAUUUACAGACAUUGGCGAAUGGGGAAAAGAAAAUAUUCAAGGUCUCUUCCUAAACUGGCCCAGCAAAGAAAGGUUAGAUUUGAGGACUGAAGCAUUCGCAGAGAUGUGCG